GUUCUCCUUCUUCUUUCUGCUCCCUCUCUCUCUCAGUGUCCAUCUGAGCCUCUCUCCUUGUGAUCCCUCACAGUGCAGAGCUCUACAGUCAUGGAGAGAGGGGCAACGUUGGCCGUGUGUCUGCUGUGCUGGAGCUGCAGUGUGGUUUCAGCUAUCCAGAGGGCUGACAUGUUCCCUUAUGGCCUUUUAAGUGGGGACUCUAUUCUGACCGAGGGUGACGAUGAAACCUCCAGAGUUCUGACCCUGCCCAAACCCUUAUACUUCUACAACUCCCUCUUCACUCAGCUCUAUGUGGCCACCAAUGGAAUCAUAUCCGCCCAGGACUUGCCGAUGGAAAAGCAAUACGUUGACGACGGCUUCCCCACAGAUUUCCCUGUGGUGGCUCCGUUCCUGGCCGACAUCGACACCAGCGGAGGACGAGGACAGAUCUACUACCGGGUGACAGAGACACCCAGCGUGCUCAACAAAGUGGCCCAGGAAGUACACCGAGGGUUUCCAGAUGCAAAGUUCACUCCCACACACGCUGUGGUGGCAACAUGGGAGAACGUGGCGCCGUAUGAGGAGCAAACCCGGACCAAUGGUCCUUCCAACAAGGUCAAUACGUUCCAGGCAGUUAUCGGUUAUGAUGAGACAGACUCGUACGUUCUCUUCCUCUACCCUGAAGGGGGCCUGAACUUCUUCAGCACACGACCAAAGGAGUCCUAUAAUGUUGAGAUAGAGCUGCCUGCCAGAGUUGGAUUCAGCAGAGGAGAAGUUACAUUUUUAAUCUUUUCCCGAACGGAGGGACCUCACUACAGCGUCACAGGGGACGAGCAGAGCGUUAAAAACCUUUACCAGGUCGGUAACACAGGAAUACCAGGUAUAUGGCUCUUCCACACUGGAAACCGUUAUUCUUUCGACAACAUAGUUCCUGCGUCUGUCGGUGGCCUCCUUGCCACACUGCCAUCCGGAGGCCUCCUCCUGGACACCACCACCCCUGAGUACGGGGAGUUUGAGGGAUAUCCAUACAACACGUUUGAGCCCGAUUACCCUCUGACAGGGGAGGACGCUGAAUUCCAGCCCGCCCCUGCUGGUGGCGAGCGCUCAGAGUCUCUUGGACCAGCGAGUCCUGACGCUCCCUCCUCUCCUUCACAAGACUUCGGCCGUCAGGGGCCGCAUGGCGGCCAACAUGCGCCGCUGCCCUCUGCCCCCAGGUACAGUGUUGAGCCAGCAGAGAGGCAGUACGUUCCCUAUGCUCCAGAGGCAGUGGAAGAGAGAAGCGCUCAGACUCCAGAACAGCAACCACAGGUUCCUCUGGAGGUGGUGGACGUGUACCCGCCUCACAGAAAUGAGCCACGUCUUUCCCCUGGAGGUCAUGUGGUCAGCGUGGAUGAGGAGGAUGUUGAUUUUGACACAGGAGUGAUUCAAUACACCACAGAGAACAAAGAAACAUGUGCCAGAUUCCAGCAACAAUGCUCCCAGAAUGCAUUCUGCUCCGACUACGCCACAGGCUUCUGCUGUCACUGCCAGCCUGGCUUCUAUGGAAACGGACGCCACUGUCUACCUGAGGGUGCUCCCCAGCGCGUCAGCGGUAAGGUGAGCGGCACCGUGACCGUGGGUUUGACUCCAGUGACACUGAACAACAUUGAUCUGCAUGCGUACAUCGUGGUGGGAGAUGGGAGAGCGUACACCGCUAUCAGCGAGGUACCUGAGCCAGUGGGCUGGGCUCUGAUGCCAGUUGCACCAAUAGGAGAGCUCUUUGGAUGGCUGUUUGCUCUGGAGCUGCCCAACAGCCAAGCUGGGUUCAAGACUGCAGGUGCUGAAUUCACGCGGCGUGCUGAGAUAAUCUUUUACCCCGGCAACGAGCAUCUGUCAAUCCUUCAGACCGGCCGUGGCCUGGACGACCACAACCACCUCACUGUGGAUACUGUCGUCACCGGCAGCGUGCCCUUCCUCCCUCCUGGUUCUGAAGUUACCAUGGAGCCCUUCAAGGAGACCUACCAGUACUACCCAUCCGUGGCCACCUCCUCGUCCGUGAGGGAGUUCUCGGUGGUCUCGGCCGAGCGAGGCUCGGAGUCUUUCUCCUUCCAGCUCAAACAAAACAUCUCCUACCGCGAUUGCACACAUGCCCAUCGCGCCGCUGCCGUGGAGACACUGCAGAUAACCAUGGAGAGGGUGUUUGUGAUGUACGUGAAGGAGGAGCGGAUCCUGAGAUACGCCAUCACCAACAAGAUCAGCCCGGUCGGAGCUGAGCCAACAGGACCAGAAGGGAUCAACCCCUGCUACGCCGGGAACCACGACUGUGACACCACAGCCCAGUGCAUCCCACAAGAGGGCCAGGCCUUCCAGUGCCAGUGUGCGACUGGUUACAAAGGGGACGGACGCAACUGUUAUGACAUAGAUGAGUGUGCCGAGGGCUUGAGUUCCUGCGGCGCUCACGCUCAGUGCAUGAACCUACCUGGUAGCCACCGCUGUCAGUGCCAGAGCGGCUACGAGUUUGGCUACGACGGCCGCACCUGUGUUGACGUGGACGAGUGCAGCUCCUCUCCCUGUGACGCCAACGCCAGAUGCAUCAAUGGACUGGGAUCUUUCCAGUGUCAGUGCCAGCCCGGCCUUUAUGGUGACGGCUUCUUCUGUUCCCCACAGGAAGGACAGACGGUCCGUCCGAGGAGCCAGUGUGAGCAGCACAGAGACAGUCUGCAGAGUGGAGUGGAUCUGAGUGGACAGCCAAGUGUCGGAGCCUUCAUCCCUCAGUGUGACUCUGACGGACGCUACCGACAACUGCAGUGCCACGGCUCCACUGGACAUUGCUGGUGCGUGGACAUUAGGGGACAGGAGAGAGGAGGAACCAGGACUCCACCUGGUACGGCACCCAGAGACUGCGACAGACCAGAUGAACCAGAGCGUCCUCAAACUCACUGUGAGCACCACCGAGACGGUGUGCAGACCACCAGUCCAGAGGGGUACCCUCUAAUCGGAGUGUUUGUGCCUGAGUGUGAUGCUAAUGGCCAGUACACAUCUCAACAGUGCCACGGCUCCAGUGGACAUUGUUGGUGCGUGGACAGUAGGGGGCAGGAGAGAGCAGGAACCAGGACUCCACCUGGUUCCUCACCUGUGGACUGUGACCGACCAGUUGAACCAGAGCGUCCUAAAACUCACUGUGAGCAGCACAGAGACGGUGUCCAGACCACCAGUCCAGAGGGGUACCCUCUACUGGGAGUGUUUGUGCCUGAGUGUGACGCUAAUGGACAGUACGCAUCCCUGCAGUGCCAUGGCUCUAUUGGACAUUGUUGGUGUGUGGACAGUAGAGGACAGGAAAGAGCGGGUACCAGGACAUCGCCUGGUGCGGCACCGACUGACUGUGACAGACCAGUUGAACCAGAGCGUCCUCAAACUCACUGUGAGCACCACAGAGACAGGGUUCAGACCACAAGUCCAGAGGGGUACCCCAUAGUUGGAGCUUAUGUACCUCAGUGUGAUGCCAAUGGUCACUACACACCACUGCAGUGCCACGGCUCUACUGGUCACUGCUGGUGCGUGGACAACAGGGGGCAGGAGAGAGGAGGAACCAGGACUUCAGCUGGUACACAACCAAAAGACUGUGACCAACCAGAUGAACCUGUGCGUCCGAAAACUCACUGUGAGCAGCACAGAGACGGAGUUCAGACCACCAGUCCAGAGGGGUACCCUCUCCUCGGAGCCUACGUCCCUCAGUGUGAUGCUAAUGGACAGUACACAUCUCAACAGUGCCAUGUUUCUACUGGCCACUGUUGGUGCGUGGACAACAGUGGGCAGGAGAGAACAGACACCAGGACUCCACCUGGAACACAACCUAAAGACUGUGACGCACCAGAUGAGCCAGAGCUUCCUAAAACUCACUGUGAGCAGCACAGAGACAGUGUUCACACCACCAGUCCAGAGGGGUAUCCUCCACCAGGGGCCUACGUCCCUCAGUGCGAUGCUAAUGGAGAGUACGCACCACUGCAGUGCCACAGCUCCACGGGUCACUGUUGGUGCGUGGACAUCAGGGGGCAGGAGAGAGGAGGUACCAGGACUCCACCUGGUACACAACCCAAAGACUGUGACCAACCAGACGAACCAGAGCGCCCGAAAACUCACUGUGAGCACCACCGAGAAAGAUCGCAGACCACCAGUCCAGAGGGGUAUCCCAUAGUCGGAGGUUACGUCCCUCAGUGUGAUGCUAACGGACAGUACACACAGCUGCAGUGCCAUGGCUCCUCUGGACAUUGUUGGUGCGUGGACAAUAGGGGGCAGGAGAGAGAAGGAACCAGGACUCCACCUGGUUCAUCCCCUGUCGACUGUGACCGACCAGUGUCUGUUGCUCCGACCCAGCGUCCUGAGAGCGUGUGUGAACGAUGGAGGAUCAGUUUGAUCGAGCACUACGGUGGAAAACCAGACCCGAAACAAUACGUGCCUCAGUGCGAGUCCGAUGGACAAUUCAGCCCAGUCCAGUGCUACGGGGAGACCACGUACUGCUGGUGUGUGGACCAGGACGGACGGGAGGUUCCUGGUACACGAUCGCACGAUGUUGUCGCACCUGCCUGCCUCCCCUCAGUGGCCCCUCCCACCGUGCGACCACUGCCCCGCCCGAACGUCACCCCCCCGCCCCACGCUGACGUCACGCUGCUGUACGCUCAGGGACAGAAGAUCGGGGCGCUGCCUCUCAAUGGGACCAAGCUCGAUGCCACUCGCUCCAAAACUCUGCUGACUCUGCAUGGUUCCAUAGUUGUCGGUCUGGCUUAUGACUGCAAAGACAACCAGGUCUUCUGGACGGAUUUGUCUGCAAGAACAAUCAACAGAGCUUCGGUGGUGCAGGGAGCCGAGCCGGAGAUUCUCAUUAACACCAACCUGGUCAGUCCAGAGGGUUUGGCCGUGGACGUCAAACGUAGACUGAUGUUCUGGGUGGACUCGACGCCUGACCUGAUCGAGAGCGCCAACCUGGACGGCAGCGGGAGGAAGACGCUGUUUGACAAAGACCUGGUCAACCCCCGGGCCAUCAUCGUGGUCUCUUCAACUGGAACUCUGUACUGGACCGACUGGAACCGAGAGGCUCCAAAGAUCGAGAGCGGGUCAGUGGACGGUCAGAACCGCCGGGUGGUGGUGUCCGAUGGGAUCGGUCUGCCCAACGCUCUCACAUACGACUACUCAUCUGGACAAGUCUGCUGGGCCGACGCAGGUACCAAGCGUUUAGAGUGCAUAUCUCCAGACGGCUCAGGACGCAGAGUGAUCCACUCCAACCUCAACUACCCCUUCAGCUUGGUUUACUACAGCAACCACUUCUACUACUCCGACUGGAGGAGGGACGGUGUGAUCGCAGUGAGCAAGGACAGCAGUCAGUUCACAGACGAGUAUCUGCCCGACCAGCGCUCACACCUCUACGGCAUCGCCAUCGCAACUAACGGCUGUUUAUCAGGGAGUCACUAACGACGGGCCGGCGGGCGCAGGACUCUUCUGGUGCUAAACUUCUGGGGGUGAUUCCUGAACACACCUCAGCUCUCCAGGUUCCCUCGGAGGAAAAGGGGAGACGCGUCUUCCCGUUGGCAGAUUGAACGUCGGAUCAAAUUUACAAACCCCCCCCCCCCCCCCCCUCUCAACGUACCCCGACCCUAAAGAUAUAACCCCAAAAUAAGUGUUUUGUAAAUUUGUUUUAUACCUCAUUUUUAGUUUGUUAUUCUUCUACUGUAUUUUUUUACGUGACUUGUUUUGUUCCAUUGAUAAAAAGCUACACAACGAUGAAAUCGGAUUUGAAAUGUAUGAGUUUGUUCUGUUCUUCAGCGUCGGCUUCUGGUCACAGUGGUUUUUACAUUCAGUCUGUUUUUAUUAGUUAGAAAACAGAUUAAAAAACUGUGAGAUUAUUGAAAAUUAGCUUUUUGCUGUCAAACUCAACGAAAAAUAUAAACCACGAGUGAGUGAAUAAUAUUCUAUAAUCUGAGUAAGUAAUCUGUUUGCCAAGAUCAGAUCACGACACUCUGCACAACUUAUCUGUACUUCACACUUUUUCUUAUGUUUUUACAAAAAUAUGAAAAUGAAAUCUAUCUUUUUAUAAGAUGUGAUAUUUAUAACAAUAAA